AUGGCGCUUAACCUUGAGAAACAUACGGAGCCUACCAUAGCAAUCCCGUAUAGCGACCCUACCCCUGUCGCCAAUCACACACAGAGAUCACUAACAACGCAGGUCAACGUCGCAAUCCACGUCACCUGCGUCCCAACCCUACUGUUCACCGGCAUCAUCCUCGCUUGUAACUGCCCUCCCCUCGUCACACUCCCGGAUGCCCUCCAAAUCGAAUACCUGCCCGUUAACGCCGGCACCAUCGGCGCUCUUAUAUACGCCACCUUCUAUAUCCUCCUAGAGCCCAUGGCCGGGGGCCUACUCACACCCGCCUUGAUUGCAGCUGCAUACUACGGAAACUAUUUCCUCAGCACGUACGGCAUCAUCGUGAACUACUGGGCCGGGGCCAUCCACGUCGUGUCAUGGCUGGCGCAGUUUGUCGGACACGGUGUGUUUGAGAAGCGUGCCCCCGCCUUGCUAGACAAUCUUGUCCAGGCUUUCCUACUUGCGCCGUUGUUUGUCUGGAUGGAGGUUCUGUUUUUCUUUGGAUAUCGCCCGGAGCUCAAGAAGCGCUUUGAGAAGGGCGUGGAGCUGGAGAUUCUGAAGUUCCGGAAGCAGCGGGAUGAGAAGAGCAAGAGCAAGAGCAGGGGCAAGGUGGAGCAGUAG